AUGCCUGGGAUUCGGAAUGAUCCCAAUCUCAACAUUUGCCCGGACUACGUGAUUUUACCUUUCGCCGGGGCACGAGCCCGAAUAAUUUCGGAGCACAUCGACGAACACCAAGCGAUACAGAUUCUCAGAGACAUUUGGGAAGCUGCUAACGACAUUGAGAAAGCUCAGUGGCAAGAGCAAGUCGAAGCAGACAGGGAGCAACGUGAUAACCUUCGUCUUCAACAAGAGGAAAGAGAGGAUAGGCAGGAACAAGAACAUCUCGAAGAAGAGGAAGCAGCGCGCAAAGAAGAGAAAAGGAAGCUUAAACACAAGUACGCGCCCAUCCAAGCUUCUGGAGUACCGGACGAACUCGCAAUUACUCCAUCGGCCUACGCGACUCGGAAACUUGACAAAGGAGAAUACGUGGAACUGUGGUAUUUUACUAAUGACGGUUUAGAUGACGCACAAACCAAGAAGACUGUCAUCGAAGAUGACGCCAUGGUUCUGUCUACUCUCCCAGACGGCUCAACAGCCUGGGUUUCAGCAGCAUCCUCUCGCAACGCUGCCUCCGUUGUAAACGACGAGGAUCUCAAUUUUGAGGACUUUUGCCAAGCCUGUCCCCGCUUCAUCACAGCCAUU